GUUGCCGUAGCUAAUCCUUCCACUUCCGGUAGUGCUAACCAAGAAGGCGUGAUGGCGACGUCAAUGUUGUUGCUGCUUUUUAUACACUUAACAUCUCUUUAAAGUCUUUAAACUUCACACUUUCUUCUCUGGGGAGGAAGUAGCAAGGGCGGGAACUUGUUUCCUGGAGGAGGAGGAAGCUUUUUAAAGCAAAGAGGAGAACGGACAACAUCGCUUUUUGCCACAGAACAGCGCUGCCAACAAUGGAGGACGUUGGCGAGACCACGCCGUGCUGCAAGGCGGAGCAGGAGGAGCCACAGCCCCCCCGCAUUAAAGAGGAAGAGCAGGACCACAGCGUCAGUCGGGAGGACCCGGGAGGACCGGAGGACGAGCAGGUGAUCCAGGUCAUCGUGAAGGGUGAGGAGGACGCGGACCCUCCAAGCAGCAGCUGGACACCAGAAGCCGACGUAGACCACUUGGGGUCAGCUCCAGGAUCAGGUAGCGACCACACCACCGCACACUCCACUCGUCACAUGACCACGGAAGCUGAUGUAGACCACAUUGGGUCAGCUCCAGGAUCAGGUAGCGACCACACCACCGCACACUCCACUCGUCACAUGACCACGGAAGCCGACGUAGACCACUUGGGGCCAGCUCCAGGAUCAGGUAGCGACCACACCACCGCACACUCCACUCGUCACAUGACCACGGAAGCCGACGUAGACCACUUGGGGCCACCUCCAGGAUCACGUAGCGACCACACCACCGCACACUCCACUCGUCACAUGACCACGGAAGCCGAUGUAGACCACAUGAGGUCAGCUCCAGGAUCAGGUAGCGAGCACACCACCGCACACUCCACUCGUCACAUGACCUUAGAAGCCGACGUAGACCACUUGGGGCCACCUCCAGGAUCAGGUAGCGACCACACCACCGCACACUCCACUCGUCACAUGACCACGGAAGCUGAUGUAGACCACAUUGGGUCAGCUCCAGGAUCAGGUAGCGACCACACCACCGCACACUCCACUCGUCACAUGACCACGGAAGCCGACGUAGACCACUUGGGGCCAGCUCCAGGAUCAGGUAGCGACCACACCACCGCACACUCCACUCGUCACAUGACCACGGAAGCCGACGUAGACCACUUGGGGCCACCUCCAGGAUCACGUAGCGACCACACCACCGCACACUCCACUCGUCACAUGACCACGGAAGCCGAUGUAGACCACAUGAGGUCAGCUCCAGGAUCAGGUAGCGAGCACACCACCGCACACUCCACUCGUCACAUGACCUUAGAAGCCGACGUAGACCACUUGGGGCCACCUCCAGGAUCAGGUAGCGACCACACCACCGCACACUCCACUCGUCACAUGACCACGGAAGCCGAUGUAGACCACAUUGGGUCAGCUCCAGGAUCAGGUAGUGACCACACCACCGCACACUCCACCCGUCACAUGACCCCGGAAGCCGAUGUAGACCACAUGAGGUCCGCUCCAGGAUCAGGUAGCGAGCACACCACCGCACACUCCACUCGUCACAUGACCACAGAAGCCGACGUAGACCACCUGGAAUCAGCUCCAGGAUCAGGUAGCGACCACACCACCGCACACUCCACUCGUCACAUGACCACGGAAGCUGAUGUAGACCACAUGAGGUCAGCUCCAGGAUCAGGUAGCGACCACACCACCGCACACUCCACUCGUCACAUGACCACGGAAGCCGAUGUAGACCACAUUGGGUCAGCUCCAGGAUCGGGUAGCGACCACACCACCGCACACUCCACUCGUCACAUGACCACGGAAGCCGACGUAGACCACAUUGGGUCAGCUCCAGGAUCAGGUAGCGACCACACCACCGCACACUCCACGCGUCACCUCGACAACACCCGAGUGAUGUGCUCCGAAUGCGACCGGGCUUUUUACGACAAGAAAACGCUGACGGUGCACAUGCGCACGCACACCGGAGAGAAACCGUUUGUCUGCGCCGUGUGCGGCAAGACGUUCGCCCAGAGGGGGAAUCUGAUCAAGCACACCAGGACGCACACGGGGGAGAAACCCUUUUCUUGCCCGUUCUGCACCACCAGUUACAGCGACCGCUCGACUUUGGUCAAACACAUCCGGCGGCACACCGGCGAGAAACCGUUCUGCUGUUCGCACUGCCCGGAGAAAUUCUCCCGCAAGUCGAACUUGAUCACGCACACGAGGACGCACACCGGAGAGAAACCCUUUCGCUGCGCGGCCUGCAGCGCCGCCUUCGGCGACCGCUCCACGUUGAACAAGCACGCCAGGACGCACACGGGGGAGAAACCCUUCGGCUGCUCGACGUGCGGGCAGAGGUUCUCGCAGAGGGAGCACCUGAGAAGACACGCCAGGACGCACACCGGGGAGAAACCCUUCCCCUGCGCCGUUUGCAGCAAAAGCUUUAGCGACCGCUCGACGUUUGUCCGACACAUGGGGAGACACCCUGGACAGGUGGUCUUAGCUGGACAGGUGGUCUCAGCCGCCAACGUGGACCAAGGGCACUGAAGCCACACGCACCGGGACUAUAGUUUUAUUUGCUGACUCCAGACUGGGGACUAGAAAGGACUUGGCAACGUUUUCAGGGCCAAGGAUCCUCAAACUGAUGGA